AUGGAGCCGGCCUUCGGGGAGGUGAACCAGCUGGGAGGAGUGUUCGUGAACGGGAGGCCGCUGCCCAACGCCAUCCGGCUCCGCAUCGUGGAACUGGCCCAACUGGGCAUCCGACCGUGUGACAUCAGCCGCCAGCUCCGGGUCUCGCACGGCUGCGUCAGCAAGAUCCUGGCGCGCUACAACGAGACGGGCUCGAUCCUGCCGGGGGCCAUCGGGGGCAGCAAGCCCCGGGUCACCACCCCGACCGUGGUGAAGCACAUCCGGACCUACAAGCAGAGGGACCCCGGCAUCUUCGCCUGGGAGAUCCGGGACCGCCUGCUGGCCGACGGCGUGUGCGACAAGUACAACGUGCCCUCGGUGAGCUCCAUCAGCCGCAUCCUGCGCAACAAGAUCGGCAACCUGGCCCAGCAGGGCCACUACGACUCGUACAAGCAGCACCAGCCCGCCCCGCAGCCGGCGCUGCCCUACAACCACAUCUACUCCUACCCCAGCCCCAUCACCGCGGCCGCCGCGAAGGUGCCAACGCCGCCCGGGGUGCCCGCCCUCCCCGGCUCGGUGGCCAUGCCGCGCACCUGGCCCUCCUCGCACUCCGUUACCGACAUCCUGGGGAUCCGCUCCAUCACCGACCCAGGAGUGAGCGACAGCUCCCCGUACCACAGCCCCAAGGUGGAGGAGUGGAGCAGCCUGGGCCGCAGCAGCUUCCCCGCCGCCGCCCCGCACGCGGUCAACGGGCUGGAGAAGGGCGCCCUGGAGCAGGACGCCAAGUACGGCCAGGCGCCAAACGGUCUCCCAGCUGUGAGCAGUUUUGUGUCAGCAUCCAGCAUGGCUCCUUAUCCUACCCCGGCCCAAGUGUCGCCUUACAUGACCUACAGUGCUGCUCCUUCUGGUUAUGUUGCUGGACACGGAUGGCAACAUGCCAGUGGCAACCCACUUUCCCCCCACAACUGUGACAUUCCCGCGUCGCUGGCAUUCAAGGGCAUGCAGGCAGCCAGAGAAGGUAGUCACUCCGUCACAGCUUCCGCACUCUGA